AUGUUUCGGCUGCUUCCUUGGUCCUCUGCUCUCGGAGGAAAUAAGGUGAUGGCGGAGGAGCUCAAGAUGCUUGCGAUUUCGCCACACUGCGCUUCCCCGGGCCUCAACAGUAUCGGAUUGCCCCAGCUGAAGCGCAAACGGUCCGAUUCCAGUGAUGCGGCCGCUGUCGAAGAUGCACCUGUCGCGACAAAAUUACGAUCCGAUGACGCGUCGAGUAAUUCGCUUUCCGGCAAGAAGACCCUUUCUUCGACUGUAAACGGUGAACCUGCGGUGUCGCGAAUGUCGGCAUCCCUCGGAGAUAGUCCUUCGAACAGGACCAUAUCAAAAUCAUCCAAGUCGCCCCGUCGUCGCCAGAGUUCGAGCUCGUCGAGUUCCAUCGUCGCCGAUAAAACGGCCGCCCCGCGCAAGAUUGAUGUGGACACGCUCAGAGAGACAUUAGAAGCGCAGCUGAGUUUGGAGGUGCUGCUAAAGCACAAUGAACUGCGCUUGAUCGACCAGGAGAUCGCAAAAUGCCAGAUUGCGCUGGAACAAUUGCGCCGGUGCGCCGAGAUACCAUAUCCCGGAUCUCACGUCGCUGGCGUGUCGCAGUCUGUGAGUAACGGCACAGGUAUGGCAGUACGUGCUCCUGGAAAUGGUGUGGCGCCGAUAUCCCCAGCUCCAUGGGGUGUCACAGACGGUCCUUAUACGCGACAUUAUGCACGAUGGCUCAUUCCCGAUCCGCGCUUUGACGGAGGCGAACUCGAGUCAGGCACUCCGCUGACUCCAGGCGCUCUCGGCACCCCGCUGGUGGAGGGUCGUUCGACUCGUGGCAAUCCUGUCGAUGGAGGCUAUCUUGCCAGCAAAACUCGUCCCCAAAGAGGCUCAGCUGGAGCCAAACUGCAGUCCCUCCCCAGUGGAUAUCCCACACCCAAAGAAAAGGCUGGUCCUAUGAUUAUCCGGCGAAAGUCGGAUGGUGUACUUGUCAAGCUUAUCUGCUUGGAUUGUCGGAGGGAUAAUUUCUCGAGCACUCAGGGCUUCAUCAACCACUGUCGCAUCGCUCAUAACCGAAAUUUUGCCAGUCACGAUGCCGCCGCGAUGGCCUCAGGCGAGCCGGUCGAGGUUGAUGAGGCAGGUGCCGUUGUCCCUGGAAAGAACGAAACUUCCAGCGCGACUGCGGCUGGCUUCGUCCACCCGCUUAUUCGAUCUGCGCAUGUAAUCGAGCCAUCGACCAAGACGCCGUCAUCGGUUCCGGAGGGUGCCGGUGACACUACGACGCCGCGAAGACACUCUGUCGCCAGCCGACGGGCAUCGUCUGCGGUGGAGACACCGACUAUGCAUUCCCAAGCAGGCAAGCGAACCACAUCCGUAGGGGGGAAAGCCUCCCAUCGCAACUCGUUCACGGGGUCAUCUGAUACUCCACAUCUUUCCUCUCUUAUGCAACGCAGGGGUGUAGGGGUAGACCUGGAUAAAUUAGUGGGCGAAGCGAAGACGACGAUGGAUCUCGAAGCCUAUUCUUCAGAGGCGGAGUCAGAAGAUGACCCACCAGAGACAUCUGUAGACGCUGCGACGCAAGCUCAGAAACCCCUUGGGAAUCGCGCCGUUAGGCAGUCGAUGCGGACGACGGGAUCUAAAACCGCAUCGCAGCGGCCCGGAAGCCGAAAGGGAUUUGAUAAUACAAAUCACCACUCUCCAUCUCUGAAUGGAUACUUUCAGUCUUCCUAUGGACCGGCGUCUUCCGUGUCUAGGUCAACUGCCAUGGAGGACUUGCGGGAAGAAUUGAGUCCAACCACUUUGGAGUCGAAUCAAGCCCCAAGUCUGGUGAGCGACGAUGAUGACUACGGAGCAGCCUCAGAACCUGACAGCCCGGAACCGAGCUCAUCUGAAGCCGGUGACCAGGAUGAAGAGUUCAGCCAUAUUGAUGUAGAAGACGACGAAGAUGCUGCGGCCUCGCCAGCAACCACGGGGCCCAAGUCAGAUGCCGACAUGGCCAGCGGUGCGGCCCACCCUUCGAAAUCCCUGUCGAGAUCGCUCCGACGAAGUAGCACGAAGAAGAAGGACCGAGUCAUGUCCGCUUCGAUUGCCCCCGUGAAACGGAGCAAAGAUGAGAAGCGGGUGAGCUUUGUCAGUCCGAACAGCAGAUCCGCUAAAGGCAAAAGAAAUGCCUCGAAGAAAUCCAGUGGAGGACGCAAGCAGUAG